AUGGAUUCUGCACCUCCACCGCCUUCGAAGAACCUCCUCAGAUUCCACCGGCGGAGGAAACUGCGACUCAACGAGACGCAAAUACCGGUAUUGACUGAAGAAUCUAAACGAUGUCUACGCAACCUCUCGUCGUAUAGAGCGCCUAAACCGCGUCUUCAGUUCCCGAGGUCGAGGAUGGCGGCGGUGUUGGUUGCGCUGUUCGUUGGGCGCAAGGGGGAUUUGUAUGUUUUGUUGAGUCGACGUUCUGCUUCGUUGAGGACGUAUGCGGGUGAUACGUCGUUACCUGGAGGAAAGGUUGAUCCUGGGGACGUUAGUUUGGAGGAUACCGCUAGGAGAGAAGCAUUUGAAGAGAUUGGCCUGCCGAGGGAUAGGAAGAAGGUGCCCCUGUUGUGUGUUCUGGAGCCGUUUUUGGCUGCGGAGCUCAUCGUUACACCGGUGGUCGUAUUGAUUCUCGACAAUACAUUAGAACCUAUCCUCAACACAGCCGAAGUCGCAAGCCUCUUUUCCCACCCCCUCGCCUCCUUCCUCUCCACAACCCCGCCCUUCCCAUCCGAGCCCGAAUCAGAGGAAGUACCCUACCACCGGUCGUUCGAUGUCGAAGCUACGGGUCCGUUCUCGAGUAAACAGAUGUUUAGGGUGCACGAGUUUCUGACGGGCCGGGAGGCGGGUGGGAUUAAGCCUGUGUUUGGGUUGACUGCCGCGAUGUUGAUCAGAGUAGCGACUAUCGGGUACGGCCGAGAGCCUGAUUUCGAAGUCCACCCGCCAGGCGCACCGACGAUGGACGAGAGGAUCGCGUGGGCUUUGGUACAUCGGAAGGUGUUUAAAGAUGCGUGUGAGAAGGAGGGGAUAGAUUUGGGAUUGGCUAGGCGGAUAGCGGGGGUUGAUAAAGAUGGGAGGCCUGUGAAGACUGCUAGGAAUUUGAAGGCGGGUGAGGGGAAGGGGAGGAGGAAGAGGGAGUAUAAACUUUAA